UACCAGGCUAGAAGCAUGUAGGUUCACGAGGUCCAGUUCGGCUGUCUUGGAAAUGCCGACUCGAGACAGUAUAUAAUACCAUAAAUACCCGCCAUCUAGGCUUUCAUCUCACUCACCACCACAUCACCACCACCACCACCUCACCAUCAUGCGUCUGAUCGUUCGUGAAGAUCCGUCUGCCGUUGGCGACUACAUUGCCAAUUACAUCUGCAAACGUAUCAACGAUUUUGCGCCGACGCCUGGAAAGCCCUUCGUCCUUGGGUUACCCACCGGAUCUUCCCCAAUCCCCACCUACAAAACACUUAUCCAACUCGUCAAAGACGGAAAACUAUCCCUCAAAAAUGUCGUAACCUUCAAUAUGGACGAAUACGUCGGGAUCCCGCGCGAUCACUCCGAGUCUUACCACACAUUCAUGUUCCGAGAGUUCUUUUCACAUGUGGAUAUUCUCCCGGAGAAUGUGCAUAUCCUGAACGGUAACGCCAUUGACCUUAUCGCCGAAUGCAAAGCGUACGAGGAGAAAAUCAAAUCAUUCGGAGGGAUAGAACUCUUCCUGGGAGGUAUCGGAGAGGACGGGCACAUAGCUUUCAAUGAGCCUGGGUCUUCUCUUGCUUCGAGGACUCGUAUCAAGACUCUCGCAUAUGACACCAUUCUUGCGAAUGCACGUUUCUUCAACAAUGAUAUCGACUCUGUUCCUCGUAUGGCAUUGACCGUCGGUGUAGCGACCGUUCUGGACGCUAGAGAAAUUGUGGUCGUCGUUACAGGGCAAAGGAAGGCUCUGGCGUUGAGCAAAGCGAUCGAGGAGGGCGUUAACCAUCUGUGGACUCUCUCUGCUCUUCAGCUCCACCCUUGGGCACUUAUUGUUGUCGAUGAGGAUGCCACAGCCGGUCAGUCUCCCCUACCGUUCGAGAGAAAAUGGCGUCUUGACCACUUUCAAACAGAGUUGCAUGUCAAAACCGUCAAGUAUUUCAAGUCUAUCGAACGCGUACAAGACGAAGUCGAGGAGCAUCAAGCCAAGCUGAAGGCGAAGGGUAUCGUCGAGCAGGUCGGAAGCAUGGAUUAGAUCAUUGUAUACGAAUUCAAUAUGCAUGAGUUGUUUACGCACGUUAAGCCAGUAAGACUUUACGGAGAAUGUAUCACAUAGAUAGAUCUAUCAAAUAUGUAUUUAAUAGAUGAAUAAACUGGUUUUCGUUGUGUAUAUCUUCGUUUAAGGGCCUCCUAACUGAACACUCCACGCGCU